GUUUUUCUAAAACACCAAUUUUGAGGCGGUGAGUGGAAAAUGGCCAAAAGAUUCAUUUGUUCUUCGGGCCAGAGUAAACACAUCAAAUUUCGUCAAGCUUCUUUUGACCUACUCACAGAUUUCCUUGUUAACCUCAACAAAAGCAACAAAGAUAAGCUGGACAUUUCGUCAAAAUUUAGUGGAAUCUUCAAGGAUAAAAGAGUAAUUGAAUGCAUCUUCCUGAUAACCAGACAACUGAGACUUCAUCCUCUGAUUGGAUACCAUGCAGUUGAAUUGCUUGAAAGGUUCAUGAUCAAGCGCCUCAAAGAACUGUUCACGACACACAUGCUUGAUGGUGCCGCAGCUGCAGCUCAGCAAAGAAAUUAUGAGGAUGUUGUUUUUGAAGAACUCAAAGAUAAAUUCCCUCUCAUUGUUUUCUCUUGUGUGCAGCUUGCAAGUAAACUGGAUUUGCACAGUAAUAUGAUCGACACCAACACUGCUGUACGCUUUCUUCAAACAGUGGGCCACAGUGUGUCCAAGCAGAUCGUCCUGGAUUCUGAGCUGAUGGUGCUGAAAGGGCUUGAAUUCAACCUGAAUACCCCUAACCCUCUGAUCUAUGUGGGUGUACUGCUGGAGGUGCUUGGACACAAUGAGCCAUCCACCCCUUUGGAGCAGCUGCAUCACUUGAGCUCCCAAGUUCUCCAGUUUGUGAGCCUACAGAGGACCGCCAUCUAUGAUUCUUUGUUAAGAGCCACCACUCAGUGUGUCAACCCAUCCAGAGAACAGAGUGAGAAGUUUGUGACGGUGACUGAGGACUACAUGCUUCUUGGUGUUGGUGUCAUUGCUGUGGCUUCAUACAUCCUCAAUGUUAGCAAAUGGAAACAGGUCAUGGAAGAACUGAGUCACAUCACAGGGAUCUCUCAAAGGAGCAUCAGUGAUUUUGCUCACAUCACACUGCUCCACAUUACAAGAAUUGAUUCUUCUGAAACAUGAACUUGAGCCUUGAUACCAUUCCAGUCAAAAUUAUAUUGAUGCUUCUUUUUGUUUGUGAUUAAACAUAUUUGCAAAUUGCAGAUGCACAUACUAAGAUGUUUGUGU